AGCGCCUCUUGUCAUCAGUUUUUAAACAGCCGUUGGGUCCAACACACCAACAUGGCGGCUCCCAUGUGAUUGUGAGGUUAGAAUAUCGACUGGGCUAGUUUUACAGGACCAUCUUUGCUCGCUUUUGUUGGAGCUUUGAGGUUAGAAAAAGUGUAUCUUGGCCGGGGAAUAUUUCAUCAUGGCUGAUGAAGAACAUGAAAAGGCCUACACCUGGGAAGGUGAUUAUGAAAAAACAUGGGAGGCCCUUCGAGAGGACGAGCAUGGGUCCCUUCAGACGACAGUGGACGACAUCAUUCACCGAGCCAAGCGGAGGCGGCUGUUGGACAGGCCACCCAACAUCAGACUGGGAAUGAUGAGGCAUCUGUAUGUGGUGCUUGACCUGUCGCGUGCCAUGGAAGAUCCGGACUUCAGACCAAGCCGUCUUCACUGCACUAUCAAGUUGUUGGAAAUGUUCGUUGAAGAGUAUUUUGACCAGAAUCCAAUCAGCCAGAUUGGCUUCAUUACAACGAGCGACAUGAGAGCUGAGAAACUCACAGAACUUGGAGGGAACCCCAAGCGACACAUUGCUGCCUUACACAAAUGCAAAGACAAACCGUGCUCCAAGGAACCAUCUCUACAGAAUGCUUUGGAUAUGGCCGCCUUGUCGCUCAGACACAUGCCCAGCCACGCCAGUCGGGAAAUUCUCGUCGUCAUGGGAAGUUUGGUGACAUGCGAUCCUGGAAACAUUCAUCUUACUAUCAAGGCACUGAAGGAUCUCAACAUUCGCUGCUCUGUGAUUGGUCUGGCGGCGGAGAUCAGAAUCUGCCGGAAACUGUGCACGCUGACCCAAGGGACUUACGGAAUUCCCCUGGACGAGACCCACUUCAGAGACUUACUCAAGGAGCACACCAACCCUCCGCCAGCUACGGCAAAUACGGAACCAGCUCCCAUCCGAAUGGGUUUUCCACAGCAUGUGUUGCACACCGAAAAGGACAAAGCGGAGAAGCCUUCAAUGUGCAUGUGUCAUCUGGAUUCCAAAGACCACACAGGGUUCAGUUCUAGUGGUUAUUUCUGCCCCCAGUGCCGAAGCAAGUAUUGCGAGUUGCCUGUCGAAUGCAAAGUCUGUGCUCUGACGUUAGUCUCUGCCCCCCACCUCGCCCGCUCCUUCCAUCAUCUUUUCCCGCUUGCAGACUUUGUUGAGGUUCAGCGGGAGACAUUCUACACCGACCAUCCGCUCUUCUGUUUUGCAUGCCAAAGUCAACUGAAGGACGACACAGUGUUCCAAUGCUCUACAUGUGACCAUCUCUUCUGCCUGGAUUGUGACCUGUUCAUACACGAGUCCCUGCAUUCGUGCCCUGGGUGUGCGAGCACAAGGUCCGAGCUGUCCAGGAGAGGCUCCGGGGCGCAUCACCUCAAGAGGUGAAAAGUGGAAAAACAAAAAACCUCACUGAGAAAAAAAAAUCGUCAGGGUGCAACGCCACAUCUUGAAGUUGGCCCGUCACGUAUGCAUUUCAGUACUUCUAUGGCCUUCAGACGAGGCUUGAGCUGAAUCCCCUCAGAGCCAGAGACAAACUUCACAGAAACCUUGCUAGGAAAACCCUCCAAAAGGAUCACGGGUGAGGUUUGCCUGGCUUCUGCCAGCAGAGGAGGGCUUUAAACCCGAAAAGAGCCAGGUUCUUUUUGACCUUUUCACAGCCCAGUUAGCCCCCUGAGAACUCGGCUGUCGCACACCUGAUCGGUUUGAAACACAGCAUGCGUGGAUCUAAAGAUGUUUAUCCUCAGUACAAAUGUGAAGUUUCAAUUCAAUACGACAUAGAGUUUUCAUGUAUUGUUAUUUGAAGUUCAUGGCUUUAUGCAUGUUGGCCCACGUGCAUUGAGUAGGUCAGUGGGAAAAAGUACAGAUUUUUGGUUGACUCGUGUUGGAAAAAAUGUGCAGAGCACCAGAACGCCACGUCUGGUUUUCACAAAAUUCAUGUCAGAAGGACCGCAAGAUGUUACUUAGAAAAUCUCCCGCAGGCUCAGCACGUUAGAAACUGCUUGGUAAUGAUACUGGAGAAACUAUUGAGGGAAGGGUGUAGAUUCCCCGCCUCUUUUAGGGUUAAAUUUUCCUUAGUAACAAAAAUUCAAUCGCUCAGUAGAACUCUGCAUUUGAUGUAAAGCUUAUAUUCUGAUAUUUUGCUAAACAAUAGACUAACAGCAAACUAACACCAUUGUGUUUCAAAUACAUUUUUAUUGACUAAG